AUGUCAUGUGAAUAUAGACCAAUUUUAAAUUUUGGAAAUAUUAAAAAUGUUUGUUUUAAAGGUAAAUAUUAUGAAUGUUCAACAUUGUCAUUUAAGGAACGUACAUGUGGUGUAUUAUUGAAUAAAACAAUUUAUGAUAAAGAACCAGUGGUUGAAAUUGCAACAUAUGUUUGUAUGGGUGAUAUUAAAUAUGAAAGAUCUGUAGUUGUACAUGCUGUUACAAUUAAAGGUGCAAUUGAUCCAAAUAUAAAGGGAAUUUAUGCACCAAAUUUAAGACCAUCAAAUGGUGAUUAUAGUCUAGAUACCGAUGACCAAGAUUACAAUCCUGAAUUUUAUUAUAAUAGUUCAUUAUCAUCAUCAUUAUAUCAUCAAAUACUUUAUUUUCCAAUCAUUGUAAUUUUUAUAAAAUCGACUUUAAUUUUAUUAAUAUUUUAA